AUGGUUUUUGGAGACUUAUCUAUUUGUGAAAAUUAUGUGUUUAAUUAUUUGUGUUCCUCUUUUAAAAACUUCUAUCGUGUUGAAGACAUAAGCAAUGAAGAAAUAUUUUAUUUACUGCAAUUGUUUAAAGCCUUAAAAGUCACAAAAAUAUAUCGGCUGGUUAUCAAAAUAAUCAAGGAUCAUACUAAGGACAAAUACGAACACCGGAAUGAGUGGAAUUUUGAAAAAAUGGAAAGUAUGAAAAAUAAACCAUAUUUGAAGGAUAAUUUAAAAUUUACAAAUAAAAUGCACUUGACUUUGAUCAAAAGAUUUUUUGUGUCCUUAAUUUUUAUUAUGAUAUCCUAUAUAUUGAUUGAAUUGGCAAGCUUUUCAAAGGGGAAUAAAAGUUCAAUGAGCUACUUUAUAUACAACAUAGACCGAACAAAAAAUGAUGAAGAGUAUUUAAUAAGUUUUAAGUCAAAAAGAAAAUUACAAAAUUUUGUUAACAAGAAAGAAAUUAAUAUUGGAGAAGAGAAACACAUAUUAUGGGAUUUUACAAAAUCAUCCUAUGUUGAGAUGACAAAAUUGUUAGACAUGAAAAUCCCUAAUGAAAAAAAUGAGGAAGAAAUUGUCCUGGACAGUACAAUCCAAAACUCAAAUAAACUAAGACAUUAUGAAAUAAAAGUUUACAAAUCCAAAGAUUUUAUCUUUUACAUAAACAUAAAAAAAAAAAUAAUAAAAAAAAUCAAGAAUAUAGUGAUAUUAAAAAUAUUCAUUAUAUUGUUUUCCUUUUUUAUGUUGUUUUAUUUUUCGGUCGAGCUAAAUAUUCUCUUGUUUCCAAUAGAAAGCAUAUUGAAAAAGUUGAAACUCAUGAAGUCUAAUCCAACAUUAGCUCUCGAAAUGCAAGAGGAGUUACUGAAUCAUGAAUUAGAUAAUAUUUUACGAACUAAGCAAUUGAAAAAAGAAUGCAUAAAAGGGAAUUAUGAAAUAUUAAAAAUGGAAGAAAAUUUAAUGAAACUUGGGACUUUAAUGCUACUUGGUUUUGGGGAGGCAGGAGCAAAAAUAAUAUCGAAAAAUAUAAAUGACCAAGAAAGAAUAAAUUUAUUGAUAAAUGGAGAAAUUGUAUAUUCUGUUUUUUCAUUUUGUGAUAUAAGAAAUUUCACUGAAAUUACUGAAAUUCUAAAGGAAAAGAUUAUGAUAUUCAUAAAUUUAGUUGCAGAAAUAAUUCAUGAGUGUUGUGAUUUUUAUGAUGGAUCGAUAAACAAAAAUAUAGGAGAUGCAUUUUUAUUAGUAUGGAAAUAUAAAAAAAAUUAUUGUUUAAAUAAAAGUUUUUCAAAUCAAGAAUAUGCCAAAACAGAAGUACCCUCCUAUGAAUAUUAUUCUGAAAAAAAAAAAAUUAACAGAAUUUGUGACUUAGCUUUUUUAUCAACAAUAAAGACAUUGAUAAGAUUAAAACAGUCAGAAAAAAUAAGAGCGUUCUUGAAAAGCGAGAAAAUUGAUGAACUUAUUAACAAAAAUAUUAUAGAAUUAAGUUUUGGUUUACAUUUUGGAUGGGCUAUUGAAGGAGCUAUAGGAAGUCGGUAUAAAAUUGAUUUGUCUUAUUUAUCUGAAAAUGUAAAUAUAGCUAGCCGGUUACAAGAUAUUUCAAAGAUAUACAAAACCAAUAUUAUUAUAUCUGGCGACUUUUACGACAAUAUGUCUGAGGGUUUUAAAAAAUUGCUUAGGAAAAUAGACAGAGUGACAUUGAAGGGAUCCACAAACCCGUUAUAUUUGUACACUGUUGAUCUGUGCCUAAACAAAAUCCAAAAUGAAAAGACAAUAAACAAGUUCAACACCAUUGGCUCGGGUUCAAAUUCGGAUAGGAAAAUGACAAAAAUUUUCGAUGAUAUAAAGGAAAAAACAGAAAGAAGACGACGAAAAAAGCAGCUAUCAAAUCUCGACUAUGACCUAUUUUCAGAAUACACGAAAAGCAGCGAUAUAAGAUUAAUUAAGGUGGAUUAUCCAGAGGAAUAUUUGCAUUUAUUUGAACAAAGCCUGGAAUUGUAUUUGAAUGGAAAGUGGAGUGAAUCAAAAAAAUUGUUGGAUCAUUUAAAAAAUAAAUUUUAUUUUGAAGAUAAUAUUGUUUAUCAGUUACUUGACUUUUUGAGCUCAAACAAUUUCACCACGCCUUAUGAUUGGCCUGGUUAUCGAAUGUUUUUGCAUAAGUCAUAA